UCGCCGCUUCGCGCUGUCAGCGAGCACCACCAGCACCACCAACACCAUCCCGCGAACCGGGUCGGCUUGCUCUACGCCCAGACGAUCCCUCCCGAUCUCUUGAUGAUCACGCGCUUGGGCGGCCGGCGUCGGAUGAAGAUAAUGCUCGAUGAUACUGAGGAGAGGUCGGGACGUUGCGGGUCCCCUUACGUCCGUGCCGCAGCUAUGCUUAUCGCGUAACUUCGCUAUAUCUUCUCCUUUAACACGGCUCCUCUUUCUUCUCUUUCCCGUACCUCUCUCUACAUCUCCAUCUCUAUUCUUGUAUUCGUCUUCACCGUUAUUGCCCUCCCUCAUGUGCUUCUUCUUGUUCUGCUUCUCUGUCCGCUUGGCAGCCUCCUGCUUCUUCUUCUUCCACUGCUCAAUCUCCCACCAAUCCGUUUUAAAAUACAUCCAACUCUUGAUUCCGUGCUGUGUGACGGAGGACCGCAGGCCGGUUGCGAUGUUAGCUCUGUUCUCUAUCCUGUCGACGAUGUACGAGAAGAGGCCGGUGAGGAAGGAUCCCUGUGCGUUUGCUGAGACUUCAGUCCGCGGGGCUGGAGUGGACGACUGGGAUGAGACUGUGGAUGGAGCUGGAGUGGGCGGUGAAGGAACCCCUGCCUCACUAUGGGCAUUCUGAUCUGGAGGGUCGCAUAGAGAUAGGCUGGAGUCGAAGGACUGGCUUGCUAGUGCUCUUGGUUUUCAUUUCGAGCGGAAAACGUAGCGAAAGUGAGACGACGAUCUGGUGUAGACUUCUGCGCUAGCAAGAGCGUACCCAGCUGGCGCUGAACCUGAUUCGGGGAGUUCUGGGGAUUGAUGGCGCGACUACGAUCUCCAUCUUGUAGAUACUGCGCACGCUGGGCCUGUAGAUCGGGAAGAGGGUUGGCGAGAUCGGAAUAACGAGGUACAGCGGCAGCACGACCACACCCUUCUGGCUGUCAUCGCCGGGCAUUCACAGCAGCGCCCGUCUAGUCUCGCUGAUAAUUUCGGGCAU